UAAAAAUAUGUUUGCAGCUUGGGGAAUGACAUUGCCUCACUUUGUCUGGUUGAGGUUGGUGAGCGUUGAAUGAAUAAAAAUAUUAAGAAGAAGCUUUUGGUAGUUGCAGCAAAUAUAAUAUCAAUUGUUCUUAACCGGUCUGCCAAAGCCAUUACUAAUUUAUAUUUGAAGGCCUUACGUAGUCCAUAUGAGGCGCAAGCGAUAUUUUCCUGCCGGCGAAAUUGUUUCCGGCAUUCCCUAGCUUCCUUUCAUUCUGAGAUCUCUGUUAAAGGACAGGAAAUCAGAAGCGCGGGACAAAAAAUCCGUGUAAAGAAUGGAACAGCAAUUGGAGGAUGGAGAGGCCAAUAUUAGUGUCAAAAAGCCGCUGAUCAGAAAAGAGGAAGGGCAUAAAUUCAAGUCCGGCUUUGUAUUUUUUUCGACAUUAAUCGUGGCCAUGGGACCUCUGACGUACGGAUUUGCGAUUGGAUAUUCAUCACCAACUCAAUUAAAUAUCGAGUCAGAUCUCAGCAUUUCUAUAUCACAGUUCUCUUUAUUUGGUUCGUUGAUUACAGUGGGAGGAAUGGUUGGAGCCAUUCUCAGUGGUACAACAGCAGAAGUUCUCGGUCGCAGGGGGGCUUUGGCUGUCUCAGCAGUCCCCGUUGUCAUUGGAUGGUUCUCUGUUGCCGUUACUCAGGGUGUAGGCCUUCUAUACGUGGGGAGAUUCCUCGUAGGAUUUGGAAUCGGAAUCUCUUCUUUCACAGUUCCAAUCUAUAUUGCAGAAAUUGCACCACACCAAUUGAGGGGAAUGCUCGGCACCAUGAAUCAGUUGUUCAUCUCAAUUGGAAUAAUGCUGGUUUAUUUAGGGGGGCUGUUGAUGAAUUGGCGAUUGUUGUCCACAGCGGGUGCUAUACCGGGGGUAUUAAUGGUGAUUGGGUUAUUCUUUAUUCCAGAAACUCCUCGAUGGCUGGCAAAAGCUGGAUUGAAAGAUCAACUCUAUACUUCUCUACAAAAGUUGCGGGGAGAGGACCAUGAUGUUACUGAGGAAGCGAUGGAUAUCCAGGAAGCAGUGGAGAUCUUCAAACUUCAACCUAAGGCAAAAUUAUCAGAUCUUUUUAAGCGACAGAUAUUUUAUCCUCUUCUUGCAGGGAUAGGCUUGCUACUUUUCCAGCAACUAUCAGGAAUCAAUGCAGUGAUGUUAUAUGCUGGUCAGAUUUUUCGAGAAGUUGGCAUAUCCUCAUCGAAUGCUGCAUCAUUUGGUUUGGGAUCCUUGCAGGUUUUGAUGACUAUAGUGACGGCUGGGCUGGUGGAAAGAGCAGGAAGACGCAUUCUUUUAAUGGUCUCAGCUGGUGGAAUGGCUUUUAGCAGUUCUCUUGUUGGAUUGUCCUUCUACCUCAAAGACAUUGCUGGUGAUGAGAUUUCCCCUGACAUGAGUACGUGUGUUGGGCUGCUUGCUAUCUUUGGUUUAUUGGUAUAUAUCAUUUCAUACUCUCUCGGAAUGGGGCCAGUCCCAUGGAUAGUCAUGGGAGAGAUUCUUCCUGCUCGUGUAAGGGGCACUGCAGGGAGCUUGGCGAUUCUGAUAAGCUGGUUUAGUGCUUGGGUAGUCACUCUCACAUUCAAUUUCAUUCUUGAAUGGAGUGCUCCAGGUUCCUUCUGGAUAUUUGCAGCCAUAUGUGUCAGCAAUGUCAUAUUUGUUGCAUUUUUUGUGCCAGAGACUCGGGGGCGAACUCUUGAAGAGAUUGAAGCAUCAUUCAAAUAAUUUGUGUAUAGAGAAUGGCUUCCUGUGGAUUAUGUCCUUUUGUUGGUAAUGAAGAGUGCGAUGCUUGUGUUACUCCUUCAGAAAGCAUAUGUGUGAAAAGCUUAGCCUUGGAAGAUAUAUGACUACUCAAAGCAUGAGAUUCAAAAACAAUUCCAACAGCUUAUAUUUCCAAUCAGCAAUUUGAUUUCCAGUCAUGAAGCUGCAUAACUGCAACUCUUAAGGGGUAUUGUUGUCGUAUAAAGGGUUAAGAUUACCUUUUUGUGCCAUUGUAUUUCAUGUAACGUUCAAAUUGUAAAUGUGAGAGGUGCUGUUGUUGUUCCACAAAGAAUACAAUUUGUGUACAAUAGCAUACUUGCCAAGAUAAUUCAAAUAUGUUUACCACUACCAGUAAACGUAAAGUAAAUCUAUCUGUGGAAGAAUGAUUUUAUCUGAAGCAAGAGAAACUGGAUUCAUGUUCUCUCUGUUAAUGUACAGAGUGGAAUUCCUGCAAACCAAAUAUUUGGCAUCUAUGGAGCAUGUUCAGGUUUUUGGUAUGAAUUUAUCAGAGUUAAUCAUUCCUCCCAUCUUAGAAGCGUAAGUUUUACCCAUGAGCAAGCUCUUUAUUUUGAAAAUAUAUUUGAGUGGCAAUGUUCAAUCUUUA